AUGGGGACAAUAAAACAAGAUACUAAAGAUGUAACUGUUAAUAAUAAUAAUGAAUCAAGUGAUACUAACAAUCAACAUAAUACGUUCUUGGUUCGUUUUGGAAAAAGAGGUUUUGUUUAUACUGGUGCCGCGGGUAUUGUUUGCUAUCUUGGUGCACCAACAGCACUGAGUUGGAUCGGUUUUUCAUGCACUGGUGUAAAACUUGGCUCAUUGGCAGCUGCAUGGCAAUCCACACAUUACUUUUCAUGGAUUUUUAGUUUAAUACAAAGUGCAGCAGCAACUGGUGCAGCAAAAGGAGUUAUUACCAGUGUUGGAGUAACUGGUGCAUUAGCAAAAGCUUUCAAUGAUGCAAAGAAGAAGCCAAAAGAAACAAAAAUUGACAAUAAUCAAAAAAUUCGAUCAAAACUUUAA